AUGAGCACAAUCAAUUUGGUAUUGGUUCCCGAACCAACAAAGGAAGUGCCUGAUGUGGAUACUUUCCUAAAUAAGAUUGGACACCAAGCAUCAGAGGCCUCAUCGACGUUUGAAAAUGACUGGAAAAAAUUCUUCACCAUGACAUCCAAACAGAUGAAAGAGGGAGGCAUUGAUACCUCUGUUAGAAGGUAUAUACUGGACUGGCAAGAAAAGUACAAAAAGAGUAUACCAUUGCAAGAACUUAGGACCACACAGAGGAAGCAUGGAGGAGAAAGAAAGAGUAGAAUAUAUGCUGCCGAUAAGAAAGUUAAGGACAGAAUAAAGAUGGCCCAAUUAAAGAAAGCUUAUAGAAAGAAGAGUGUUCAAGAGGUAAUCCAAACACGGAGAUGGGAGAAGUUACACAGAGAGCAGGAAUAG